AUGUACACGAACAUAAGAGUGACUGGAAGAUCAUGGCGUCGAGAACGAGGUCUGCCAUCCAACUUUGAUCUUGCAGUUCUCAUCAUAGUUGCUUAUGGAGUCUUUAUCACCCUCACUGGGUUUGGAAUGACCAAGAGAAUAUCGCAUUUUGAUAGAGCUCAGCAUGACUUUCAUCGGAGGCAGCAACACAGACCACGAUAUAAGAAAAUCACUCUGAACAAGAUGGGAAAGGUCACCGCCGAAAAUUCAGUCGGUGUCAUGAAACCACUUAUUCCUAAAGCAUCGGAUGCCGAAUCAAUAAUACAAACAGAGGCAGGGGAAGAUGGAGAUACAAAUAAGGAGGAAUCUGAAGAAACAAACGGUUCUCCAACAGAAGAAUCUUCGUCUGUGGAUACUACACCUGAACAAACGGCCAUCACGAAGUCCACGAUCGUCCAACCAAAGAAGAACGUCGGCCAACCAAUUGAAAAGAGCUACCUGGCCAUUCCUGGUGCAGCCGCAAAGAAGCAAUCUCCAGAGCUCACUGGGGAUGCCAAUCGUCUGCAAUGGUAUGACGUGAUUAAGAAUUCUCCCAUGUACGACGAGAUUCCAGACCAACCACUAAAAGUCGGCUUGAUUACUCGCGAUCUCAAGGCAGGGCCGACCAAUCACGUCAUGAUGGAUGGGAUGCGUAACUCAAAUCAUCUAGAGCUGACCAAAAUCUGCUACGUGACGAAGAAAAAUGGAUGCGGUUUGAUGGCGGAAGACCCGUCCAUUGAUUUGUGGUUGAUUGACGCCAAUGGAAUCAAAACCAAGGCGAAACCUGGUGAUUUGGUACAUCAAUUGUUGGAUGUUGUCAAUCCGCACUUUCAAAUGCUCUUUAUUGAUUACAGCGAUCGAUUUGUCCCCAAGGGAGGAUUUCUAGAGAACCAUUAUCCAGACGUGCCGGCCACCAAAUUUGAACAGGGCCACAUUCGAUUCGCCAUUCGGUGCAUUGUCAAGAGUCGGAUCUUUCGAGUCAAAACUAUGCCCUAUGUGAAACUUGGUACUCUGGUCUCGCCCGAUUAUCAUGACAACUUGUCCACCAAACAAGGAUUGCCCUUUCAUGCCCCCUUUGCCGUCCGGACAGAUUUUGUCAAUUCCAUUCAAGACUUGAUUGGAUCCUUGGUGGCCAAUCAGACUUCCGUGAAAACCAAUCCCUCGAGCAUUCCCUACCAUCCAGCCUUUGUCAUGGAGCGUCCUUUGGAUGUGACACACUUGUGGGAAGUCCUGUUGCCCUCCAAAAACAAUGAUUUGAGGAAUCUAGUGACGGAAAAGGUUCAAGCCAUGUCAAAUCUCCCACAUCCUUUGGAGAAGGAUCGCAAAAUUGUGGUCGAUACUAGCAUUCAAGGCGAUAGGGCCCACAAAGGACGUUGGGGGGUCUCGGAUGCCUAUGCGACAACCUUGCUGCACAGCAAGAUUGUGGUGGUGACCCAACGAGAUCAAUGGGAAGAUCAUUUUCGAUUGUUUGAAGCGACUGCCAGUGGCGCCAUGGUAUUGAUGGAUGUCAUGUUGUCAUUACCCCACUCGUUGCAGAAUGGUGAAUCGGUAGUAUUUUUCACUUCCCUCGAAGAUUUGCAAGAAAAGGCAUUGUACUACUUGGAACACGAAGACGAACGAAUUGCUAUUGCGAGAAAGGGAUGGGAAAUCAGCAUGGAGAAGCAUCGAUCCUGGCAUCGAAUGGAAGAAAUGUUAUUUGGAAGAGGAGUGACUGAUACGAGGAUUGAAGAUAGCUGGAACCCUCCUCCUCCUCCAGGUGGUGAGAAUAAUAAUGAGUGA